AUGUACACCCCAAGACCGCCACCAGAGCACAGCCCGACACGAGCUCUAAGAAGAUCCCAAAGAGGCCGGGAAGGCGAGAACGAAGAACGCGAGAAGAAUCUCGCAACCGAGAGGCGACAAGACGUGAAGGCCGUAGACGGCAGGGAGCAGUCAGGGACACUGAAAAACACUCAUAAAAAAGCAAGGAGAAAAGACGCUGAAGAGGAACCUGAAGAGACGGAGGAAGGUGAAGAGGAAAGGAAAGAGGCAGAGGAAGAGGAAGACGAGGAAGGUGAAGAGAUGGACGAGGAAGACGAAGAGAAGGACGAGGGGGAAUCAGAAAGGGAGAAGGCAGGAGGUGACGAGCGCGAGGAUGAGGGGAGACGUUUUCGGCCGACAAAGGCUCUCAGAAAUGUCCUUUCCGAGGAGAGCGUCGAUUUCGAGACGCUGGAGAAAGAAGCCGCAGCCGGUCAGGGAGGCGUUCACCACGCCUGGGAAAUCGACUACUCAGAUCUUGAUCCGUCCGGGCCUUUCCAGCAGGAUUUCCUCAAGGCGCACUACCGCCGCAACUUCCGGCUGCAUGCGGAUGAUUGCGGCAGCGAAGGCUUCCAAGUUGCGUCUCUCACCGCCCGCAUCAACUACCUGACUCAGCACAUGAUUCGCCACCGGAAAGAUCUCUCUUGUGUCCGAGGCCUGCGAGCCCUCGUCGUCCGAAGACGCAAGGAGGAUGCCGCCUCAGAAGUUACGCGCGCCUUCGCUGCGUCGCUCAAGGUUGCGCGGUCGCAUGCAGCGUUGCUGGAACACACCGGAGCCGCCCCCGAGCCCUCGGAGGAUCGGGACGACUUGCGUGCAGACGGAAACGAUUGA